GGCACCUGUCAGCGCGUGGCUCCUCCUCUGUCUCUCUCUCUCUUUCACGGAGGCGCGCGAGGAAAGCAGGCAGGCAAGAAAGCAGAGGAUGGUGCGCGCCCCACGCGCCCAACGGCUCAGGAAGGCGGGCCCUCGCGCGACUGAGGCUACUUGAACUAAAGUCUAGAGAGCCAACACUGUGUCUCAUGCUUGCCAUAAAUCAUGGCAACCGAUGAUAAAGUUGCCAUUUUGACAGAUGACGAAGAGGACCAGAAAAGGAAAUAUGUCCUUUCUGACUCCUUCAAUGGGAUCUCCAAGGAGCAGGACCUGCAAGCCCGAUGUGAUACACCUUCGACAGAGACUACUACCACCAUUCCAGAUGAGGAGCUAGAUUGGCUUGAAAGGCAUUGUGUCAAAGUGAACAAUGAUCUCCUGGUCUCAAAGGUCUUUUAUUUUUUCUUUUAUGCUGCUUAUGGCUCCCUCUAUCCACUGCUGCCUGUCUAUUACAAACAGCUGGGCAUGACACCUAGCCAGAGUGGACUCUUGGUGGGCAUCAGGUACUUCAUUGAGUUCUGCAGUGCUCCUUUCUGGGGAGUGGUAGCAGAUCGCUUUAAAAAGGGGAAGGUGGUCCUUCUCUUCUCACUCUUGUGCUGGGUGUUGUUUAAUUUGGGAAUUGGAUUUGUCAAACCGGCUACCUUAAGGUGUGUACCAAAGUUCCCAUUGCCAGUACAUCCUACCAAUGCCAGCCAUUUUCCAGCAACAACCCCACAGAAUGUCUCCUCUCUUGCAUUGGCUGCCGUGGGAGUUACAUUACCAAAAGGCCGAGGGAAAAGAGAUCUACCAACCUAUAGCUUUUCACCUCUGAGCUCAGCUAUGCCUGUAGUUACUGAACCUAUUUUCCCUGCAAUGACUCCAAGUGGAAAUGAAGUUCAUCCUUUAGAUAAGGAUGUAGUCACUGAGAAUAUUGUUUCCCUAAGCUCAUUGGGAAAUAAAACCUCAGCAACUGUAUUGCCUGCUGUCACCACCAAGGCAGUGUUUUCUGAUCAGGUCAUGCUCGUUUAUGACCAUCAAGAAGUAGAGGCUAUCUUUCUUCUUAUUCUUCUGGUUGUUAUUAUAGGAGAGUUUUUCAGUGCCUCAUCAGUUACUAUUGUAGACACUGUGACCCUGCAAUACCUGGGCAAGCACCGAGACCGUUAUGGGCUGCAGCGGAUGUGGGGCUCCCUGGGCUGGGGACUGGCCAUGCUAUCGGUGGGCAUUGGCAUUGACUCUACCCACAUCAGUGUGCUCGUGGAAGGUCAAGGUUGCAAAGCUCCAGAGUACAAGAACUACCGGAUUGUUUUCAUUGUCUUUGGUGUGUUGAUGACCCUGUCUUUGCUUGUGGCAACUCAGUUCCGGUUCCAUUACAACCACUACAAGCAAGAGGAAAAUGAAAGCAAAGAGGCAGAGGUUGUUCAGGUGGAUAGAAAUUCUUCCACAGACUCUUCCAACGAGACACGCAGUAACAACAGCCAGCUGCAGUCCUUUCAUUUCUGGGACUUGAUCAAGCUACUUUGCAGCAUCCAAUAUGGUUCUGUACUAUUUGUUGCUUGGUUUAUGGGCUUUGGCUAUGGCUUUGUAUUUACCUUUCUCUACUGGCACCUACAAGAUCUGAAUGGCACUACUACCCUUUUUGGAGUCUGCUCUGUUCUGAGUCAUGUGUCUGAACUGACGGCCUAUUUCUUCAGCCACAAGUUGAUUGAGCUCAUUGGCCACAUCAGAGUCCUGUAUAUUGGCCUUGCCUGUAAUACAGCUCGCUAUAUUUACAUCUCCUAUUUGGAAAAUGCAUGGACUGUUCUGCCCAUGGAAGUACUUCAAGGUGUGACCCAUGCCGCCAUCUGGGCAGCUUGUAUCUCUUACCUGAGUGCUGCAGUGCCUCCAGAAUUAAGGACUUCAGCUCAGGGUAUCCUGCAGGGUCUUCACCUGGGUCUGGGCAGAGGAUGUGGAGCCAUGAUUGGAGGAGUGCUGGUCAAUUAUUUUGGGGCUGCAUCGACUUUCAGAGGGAUAGGAAUGGCCUGUCUUGUGAUCCUCUUGCUUUUUGCUUUGAUCCAGUGGUUGGCAGUUCCUGAUGAGAAUGAAGAAAAGACCAUGCUGGCAGAAAGGAUCCCUGUGCCUUCAAGCCCUGUGCCCAUUGCCACGAUUGACCUCGUGCAGCAACAGACAGAAGACAUCAUGCCUCGUCCUGAACCCCGGCUGCCUCCCAAGAAAACAAAGCACCAAGAGGAGCAGGAGGAUGCGAACAAGCCCGCCUGGGGGAUCAGCUCUUCCCCCUGGGUCACCUUGGCCUAUGCUCUCUAUCAGAUAAAGGAGAUGGUUCGACUCACCAAAAGCAACCAGAUCCUUGAGAACCAGCCCUUGCAGGAAACCAACAAUAGCCAUGGUUCUGCAGCAGGCAGCCCUCUGGAUCAAGGGGGUGGUGACGCCUCCAGAGAAACCCCUGUACCUGCGACAACCCUUGAAAAUCCCCCCAGUCCAGAUGGCCCAGUUCCUUUGGAGAGCAGUGCUCAGCCAUCGGAGGCAGGGAGCGAAUAAGACUUGGUUUUGAAUCUACCGCUGCAUUGAAUCCUGUCCUUGUGUUCUGGUGGCAAAUCCUGAAAUGGGAGCUUGAAACGGCCGCUCCCUUCACCUUGGUGAUGGUAAUCUGAUGCAGCACAUGCUUUUUAAAUAUUUAAGGCCUGCUCUGUGGCAAAACCUGACAGGCUCGUUUUCAGGAAGGACUACAAUGCCUAGGAAGGCUUGGCAGGAAAGGCGCCUGAGUUAACAAUAACUCGCUAAAGAAGCACCGAAAUCCAUUCAAACACUUCUGCCUGCUUCAAGCUAUAUGGAGAAAUGUUUUGGAGUCAAUUUCUACAUUAACAAGCAGCAUUCAUUUAAUGAUCAUUGAUAUAUUUUGAAUUUUGUUUUUGUUCUCUCUAAAAGAAAAAAAACUUGCUCUAGUUUCUGAGGAAAGAAAAAUUGCAUUCCAUUUCCUCCUGCUUGAGGCAGUUAAUAUUAUUUUAAUUUAAUAGUUGGGGAAGGAGAGAGGAGGAGGAGGAGGAGCUCUUGGCCAGUUUUUUUUUUUACAUCUGCUUUAAUUUAUUUGGAAGUAAGAUGGCUUCCUGCAAGAAGAAGUGCCCAAACUACUGAUGCGCCUAAGGAAAGUACACUAGUUACCAGGCCUAAAUGAAGGAACAGCAUAGGAUUCUGUCUUUUGUAAAGACUUCUCUGGAAGGUUGAAUAGCUUCUGGCUGUUGAGAGCCCCAAAUUAAAUGCCUGUUUAGACUCUUCCUCGCCAGCCUUGAAUUGCUCUAAAUUAUUUCAUGGCCAGACCGUGGAGCAUUGCUAAGAACAUUUUAGAAAGAACCAAGUUCAGUUGCCUAUGAACUCUUUAUUUAUAAGGGUUUAAAUUAGGAAGUGUUGACUUGGCAUUGUGUUUUUAAAGACUUGACCAUGCUAAUUCAGUGUGAGAGCAUAUCUAGUUUAUAUGGGAUGCAGUGGCCCUAGUCCAACAAUAGUGGGAGGGGAAAUCUGACCAUGGCUAUACAUGGGCUGCGUGUUUACAUCUUCUAUUCUUUUACCUUCUGGGUAAGAAGGUUUAUGUAUGCAAGGGAGAAAUAUCCUUGCUGGCAAUGGCAAGCUCAUACAACACCAACCAAAAGGGCAGGGCAAUAAUUUAUGAGGCAGGGACAGGUUACGUUAGGUCUGUACUUCCAGCAUAGAUCUUUUUGAUGAGUGGGAAGAGGGGAGCCCUGCCUUGUUCAACAGCUGGACCAUAAGUUGGCUGCUGCUCAAGAAUAUCUACCAAAGCCAAUAUAUUUUUAUUUCACAAUGACCUAAAAUUGUUUAUUUAACAGGUGGAGUUAUAAUCUUUAUUUAUAGAGUGCAUUUAAAGUGCCUGGGGACUGGAAGGUAGCAGGAUAUAAAUCUUGAGAAUCUAGGGUAGGGAAAGAGAAUAUUGUUACUAUAAACAUUGUUGGGACGAGAGACAGCCAUCAUAGGUAAUGAAAUAUUUACAUGGUGUUUUGGGUGUUUUACACUUGAGUUGUUAGUCAAGACACUGGCAGUUUCUGAUCUGUUUCACCAGGGUUUUUUUUUCUUUCAAUGUUAGCUGAACCCAGUUUAUUAGGUCUAACCAGGCAAGGAAAUGUUGAUCCUUUUGCUUAUAGGAUGUCUGUUGAAAGCUUUCUAUCUCAUUAGACACCUCUCCUUCAAGGAUAGAUUUACACAUUGCCUUUGCUAUUAGACAAUAUAGCACCAAAAAGGGGGCCUUCUCACACAAGACAAAUAUAGCACUUAUGAUUCCACUUUAGCUGCUAUGGCUGCACCCUAUAAAGUCCUGUGAUUUCUAAUUUGGUUAGAGGCACCAGAGGAGAAUUAUCUGGUUAAUGAUUCUAAACAUCCCUUCAAGAUGCUAAUCCCAGUAUCCCAGUGGAUGUAGCCAUAAUAGUUUGGGGAAUCAUAAUGCAGUGUGAAAGGGCUUUGGGUGACGACCAUUGAUUUUGACCCUAGCGUACCUCAGACAGGCAAAUAUGUGUCCUGGUAUUCAUCUUUUAUUGCCCCGCAGUGGCUGCUGAGAAAAGGCAACCAACUACCUACCAUUCCUUUUAAUCAAAUCAAACGGUGGCUACAGAUGACUAGUCCUUCGGAAGCACUAACAAAAAUAAUCAAACUGCACUUCUUAGAGUAAGAUAGUCAUUCACAGAUCAGGAUGCUCCUUUAGUGUAUAAGCGAUGCUGCAUGUAACCUUACUUGGUCUUGAAAGCAGAUCAGGUGAAUAGGAAACACCAAGACAGGGUUGUUAGGAAGGAGGCAGGUGUGAUAGAAGGCCCAUGUUCCUCAACCAGCGACAUGGAAUAUGAAGUAUGUUCUCAUUGCAAAAGCCUUAAGGGACUUAUCUAUGGAUACCUGGGACCAAACACCGGAAGGUAAUCACUAGCUAUUUUUUUGCACUUCAAUUUAUAUGUACUGUACUGUAAAUUUCUCAUGACUUGUUUAAGUGUCCUUUCAAAAAAGCAAAAUCAGAAAUGUAUUUAUUAUAUGUGUAUAUAUCUGGAAAGAAGAUUAAGCACCAAGAAGGUGGCAGGCUGAAAAUGGUUAUUCAAAACUUAAAUGAAAAAUUAGAAACCUUUUAGCUAAUGUGUAGAGAGUUCACCUGGUAAAAGCUGUAGUGAUAGUUUAUAACAUUAAGCACCUGAAUUGUGAGGCAUCAAACUUGUGCAUUAUGUUUACACUUCUGAAAUCGUCUACUGAACCUGUUCUUUCGUUUUAUGUGGGCAACGGGUCUCUGUUCUCACACACACACACUGACAGAUGUAUACGGGCUUUCGUAUUUGUGAAAUUGUUAAGAUGUAAUGGAAGAAAUAAAAUUCCAUUGUAUAUGUAAAAGCAA